AUGCGCUUCAUUGCAACCCUCGCUCUCACCGCGGCCUCAUUCGGUUUCGUGGCUGCCGCCCCUGCCACCGAGGCCCCUGUUGCGGACAAGGCCGACCUGAGGCUGAUCAAGACAUCCGAAGAGGACGCUGGCACAUGGGUUACUGAGGACGAGAAGUUCGAGAAGUACACCUCAAAGGGGAUUGGCUUCAUCGACAUCACCGAUAUCACUGACGAAGAAGUCUUGGCCGCCCUCUCCACCGCCGAUGAUGUUCAGAUUUCCAAGCUGUCCGCCCGCCAGGCGGUUACCUACCCCACAACUCUAACCCAUAUCACUGAGGCCAACUCGCUCAUCAGCCGCGUGAGCAACAGUGGUCCUCAAUCCUGGCUGAAGACCUUGACAGACUUCAACAACCGUCACUACCGAUCCACGACCGGUGCUCAAGCUUCCACCUGGUUGUACAACCAAGCUGUGAGCAUUGCUUCUGGCAACUCUGCCAUUACCGUGUCUCGAUUCACCCACUCUUUCAACCAGCCUUCCAUUAUCGUCAAGUACCCCGGUACUACUUCCGAUCUGGUCAUUGUUGGAGCUCACAUGGACUCUACCGCUGGAUCCUCGACUGCUCGCUCUCCUGGUGCUGAUGAUAACGGCUCUGGCACUGUCGUCGUUCUCGAGGCCCUUCGCGUGCUUGUUGCUGUUGGUUUCAAGCCCAAGAACACUCUCGAGUUCCACUUCUACGCCGGAGAAGAGGGUGGCCUUCUCGGCUCUGCUGGUGUCUUCUCUAACUAUAAGUCUGCCGGUAAGCGUGUUCUUGGUAUGCUGAACCAGGACAUGACUGGCUACUCCCCCGGUGGUAAAGCUACUGUGUACACCGACUAUGUCGACGCCGCCUUCACGGCCUAUGUUCGUCUUAUUACUACUCAGUACACCGGUGCUACACCCGCUAGCUCCUCUUGCGGCUACGGAUGUUCCGAUCAUGCCAGCGCUAGGUCCAACGGAUUUCCUUCUGCCUUUGUCAACGAGGAGCCUUUCGGCACUGCCAACCCCAAUAUCCACACUUCCAGAGACACAUACGAGAGCAUCCAAUGGAACUCAGUUCUGCGUCACUCCAAGCUUACUGUCGGCUUCUUGGUGGAGGCUUCUUAUCUCUAA